AUGGCUCAGCAACCACUUUCCGACAAGGCCAACGAAAACACAGUUAUGGAGCCCCAAAGUGGUGCUGACCUACCUCCUGUGAGUAGCUUAGGUAGGAACGGUACAGACACAGCUUCAAGUCAAAUAGCCAGCGUUGGUCGUCACAACACAUCCAAGGGCACUUCGUUCUCAAUCCCAAGAUCAUACAGCUUUGGCGAUCAUGCAUUUGACAAUGUUGAUCCUGAUAUGCUACGUGAGAGAGAGGCCCGGCUUAAUCGAAUAGCCUCAGGCACAAACCAUCCAGAUGUUCAAGAUGCUCCUAGUGGAACCUACACGAUGCCAAGCUUGGGAGAUCAACCCUUCAAUGAUUCUCCAGUCUCUAUCAGGGAUGAAUUCACGGCUUGGCUAUUUGAGGAUGCUGUUGGGCUUCCUUCGGCGCCAUUCUCUUUGACCAGCCAGGUUGGAAUGGGGUUCGCCAAUACGUCUGAUAUCUUUGCCACGACAAACUACUCGAAUUUCUUCGCCGAAAGCCCUUUCGAGACAACGUUUCCGGCCAUGGUCCAGCAAGGCACAAGCUCGUCACCUUCGAAUGUCUCCGAUAUGCCGCUGAACAAUAAGCUGUUAUCACCUGCAAAACGCCAACUGCUCAUCGCGCUUAUUCAGACCCGCUUCAACGAGGGAGACAAUGCUUUAUUAGGGCAGUUGCGAGAAGAAAUUUUCUGUGGAAACAUGGAUUCCGAUGAUCACGUCCUGAGCCUGUGCUCUAUGCAACAAUACAUUGCUUCUUACUGGUACCAUUUCAACGCUCAAAUGCCUAUCAUGCAUCUGCCGACGUUUUCGGCAGACGGAAGCAACGAAUAUCUGCUUCUGGCGAUGAUGGUUGUUGGAGCCACCUAUCUCACCAAGGCUCAUGGAAGAUCACUAACUGACAGCGCGGCCAGAUUUGCUACAUUCAUAGCCUGGCACCUUCGGUGGCAAAUAUUCAUGCAUAACGACUUUCAACCACCAACGAAGUUGUGGGUCCUACAGACUCUUCUCCUUCUAGAGGUGUAUGAAAAGAUGAAUUCGACGAGGUUAUUACAUGAGAGAGCACAUAUCCACCAUGCCACCACGAUCAAUUUGAUGCGACGUGGAACUACGUUGAUUGAGACCCAGAAGGACUCCAGGCGUGAAGCCCUUACAAGAGAGGAAUGGUGGAAUUGUUGGAUCACAGCCGAAGCUACUCGGCGAGUGGUAUUUGCGGCAUUCUACCUUGAUGCCGUCAACGCCAUCAUGUUUGGUCAUACAGCCAUGAUGGUGGUUCAUGAGGUCCGUCUGCCACUGCCGUGUGACGAAGCUUUGUGGUCAGCCACUUCUGCGGCUGAGGUUGGCAGGGUGGAAGCUAGCUUGCAUGCCAAUUCGAUCAAGCCGAUAUCGUUCCUAGAUGGGCUCAAGAAGACUCUGACGGGACGAAAAGUCCGCACUAAUACCUUUGGUCGGAUGAUCUUGAUGGCAGGCCUCCUUUCAGUCUCUUGGCAUAUGCAUCAACGAGACCUUCAAGUGUCCAGCUUAGGGGUGUCAUCAACUCUAGGUGUGCCGGACGGCUGGCGAAACCCCUUGUCAAAGGCUUUUGAUUUCUGGAAGAAAGACUUUGACGAAAAUAUGGAUCAUAUGCGCCGGGCAGCUCUACCAUGGCAAAAGAACGAUUCAGGGUCGAUGGAUGAGGUCAUGGCCAACACUGCGACGGUGAUGUAUCAUUUGAGCCAUAUAGCAACAAACAUUGACCUCUGGGACUGUCAGAUAUUCGCCGGCAUCAAACGGUUAUUCGGCAGGAAAAUCGCGAAACCCGACUACGAGCGUGUCAAAGCCAAGGUAUUUGAUUGGUCAAAAAGUCCAGGUGCCACGAUUGCUGUCUAUCAUGCUAUACAGCUCCUGAAAUCGGUUUUGUUAUCACGUCGAGACCAGAAUAAGCCUUACAAUGCCAGGGAUGACUACUUGUUGAUGAGACCUUGGGUCACAUACUAUGCCGCACUUGUAGUCUGGUCUUACGGAUUCGCAUUGGAUGGAGUUCUUCGGCCGUUCCCAGAUAUCCUUCAGCCAAUCUCCUCGCCAGGGGGGUUAUCUAUGCGAAGUCACAGCUCUAGUCAGUCCCACCUCCACCCAUCAUACGACAGCUCAGAAUCCUCUCUUGAAGCGGCAACCAGAGACGCGCAGGGCUUUCUGCAAACCGUCGGUGCGGUCAAGUCCCCACAACAACUUGAAACGAUCCGGGACGGCAGGAACAAUGUUGCCGGGCUCUUGACUGCCGUCGAGAUUUCAUUUCGAGAUUGCAGGUGGGAUCUUUUGCACGAGGCGGCCGACCUGCUACGAAACGCUGUCAUGCUCUUGAGGGGAGCCAGUCGUGGGUGA